AUGACAUCAGGAUACGAAAGAAUCGCAAAUUAUACAGUAGUCAACAGAAUAGGCUCAGGCCGAUUCGGAGAAGUAUUCCUAGUCAGGCAUAAGCAUACAGGACAAUUAUUUUGCUGGAAGGUAGUGGCAUAUAAAGGACUGAGCGAUAAAGAAAAGCAACAGCUAGUAAUGGAAGUCAAUGUGAUAAGAGAAUUGAACCACCCAAACAUAGUGAGAUAUAUCGAUAGAAUGAUCGAUAAAAGAAGGCAAUUGCUGUAUAUUUUAAUGGAAUACUGCGAUGCGGGAGAUUUGGGAGAAAACAUGAGACAGUUCUACAAACAUUACAAACUAGUAAACGAACAAGUUAUAUUCGAUAUAGCACUCCAACUAAUAUUCGCACUGGCAUACUGCCAUAACUGCAAAUCAGGAACCAAAACGGGGAAAGUGCUACACCGAGAUCUCAAACCCCAAAACAUCUUACUUUCAACAAAACAUAAUAAGGAUGGAAACAAAAGCUAUGUCUGUAAAAUAGGAGAUUUUGGACUAUGCAGGCAAAUAGGAAUGAGCUCAUUCGCAAACUCAUGUGUAGGCACGCCCUAUUAUUGGUGCCCAGAACUGUUGUUAUCCAAUACAAAAAGUUACGACGACAAAAUGGAUAUUUGGGCACUAGGAUGUGUUCUUUAUGAACUUUCCUCAGGAAAGACACCUUUUCAUUAUACUACAACACUACCGGAACUGACGCAGGAAAUGAAACAGGGAGUGCCACUUCCACUAGAAUUCAGAAGUAACAAACUCAACUCACUCCUAUCAUUCCUGCUACAAAAAGAUCCUAACAAGAGAGCAAGUGCACUGCAACUUCUGGGAUAUAGUUUCUGGACCGAACCACCGAUAGAUUUGUUCAUUACAACACUGUCCAAGUCAGAUUAUGAAAACUUUAUGAAGCAUAAAGCAUCGCAAGAAAACAAGAUACAAGAAGAAAGUGAUAGUAAACUCACAAAAGAUUGGUACACACUACUGGUGAAAGCAGCAAGAGAAGGAAGAAAAAAUCAUGAUAAAGAAAGUAGACUUAAAAAUGAUAAAUCAAUAAAGAGUUUAGUAAAUUUAUCAAAUUUUCAUGAUGUGUACGGAACACAGGAUCAGGAAUCAAGACCCAAAUUUACAACCAAGCCAUAUAGCUUCAAAAACAAUAUCAAUAUUCUAGAAUACGUAAAAAAAUUUCAAGACUCGUUAGAACAGACAAAAACAGAUCCGGAAUGCUCGAAACUUAAGAAUACAAUGAGUACUCCAAUAAAGAGAAAUCAAACAACAAAUACACAGGAAAUAUCUAGCAUAGAAACAAGAAUCUCCAAAAUAGAAAGCGAUUUUUCAAACGAUAGUACAGAUACGAAAAUUCCUAAAUAUGAAACUUAUAGAAUUAAUGAAAAUAAUAGGAAUCCAAACGAACUGAUUUUUAAAAUUAAUCGACUUCUGUAA